AUGACCGUCACGCCAUCACCAUGGACAUCGCCGUCCCCAAACGCUGUCGGGCGCAUAUUAAUACAGCUUGCUCUCCCGAUCCUGGACGCUCUCGGCAACAGUGAUCUUCAAACAGCCCGCCGCCUGUCAAACUUGCCACUCACGCCCUACAUCGCCACCGAAUGCGCAAGAGUAUGGAAAAUGCGCGCCGUUCAAAUUCGUGGAGACCCCGAAGACGCAGCUUGGGUCACACGUCUGCUCAUAACCUCUGAUGGAACUGUCGUCGGCCGUGCCGGGUUUCAUGGCAGACCAGAUGCCACUGGCAUGGUAGAAGUAGGAUACUCGAUCGACCCACAGCAUCGAAGGCAAGGGCACGCUCGUGCUGCGCUUGCCAUCAUGAUUGAGAUGGCUAGAAAUGACCCCAGUGUGAGAACUCUAAGGGCGACGGUGGCACCGGACAACGUGGCGAGCAGAACGUUGAUUGAGAGCUUUGGGCUUAAAGAGGUUGGAGAACAGUGGGAUGAGGAGGAUGGGCUGGAGAUCAUUUUUGAGGUUGGCUGUGACGUGGCUCCUGAGGAGGGCAGGCUAAUAUGA